AUGGCAUGCGUAACAGAAUACUCUGCAGAACAGCUUAAUUACUACAGAAUCUGUUACAUUACCACUGAUGUUUUGGCAGAUGGUCUGCGAACAGUCUUUAAACAAGAAUGGGACAACCGCUAUAAUUCAACAAAGGGAGAAUGGAAAGAUGAGCCCAAAAAUGGAUUGGACUUUUAUAAUGGGGAAUCCCCACGUAACCAAAGAAGAAAUUUCCGGCUUUUAGCCACCAUGAUUAAUGGGAAUACAGCUGAAUGGGACUGUACAAUGCUUUUUUACGCCAUCCUCUUCUCCGACUGUAUCUACAGUCUGUCCACGACUGUCAACACAAAUGUACAUGAUCUCAAAAAUUUUCGAAACGAACAGUUUGCGCACAUGCCACGAGGUCAACUCACAGACGUGGAAUUUCAGGGUGCCAUCAGCAAAGUACAAACUGCUUUUCAAGCUCUUGGUCUUUCUACGUCGCAGAUUCAAGGUCUCAGAAAUCAGACAAGUUUUCGUACUGACGAAUUACGAAAUGUGCUCAGAAAAAUCGACGACCUUGAAAUGGAACUGAAAGAGAUAGAAGAACAGCGACGGGUCCUGGAAGAUCAGUUACAGAGAGACAUUUCUUCUUUUUGUUUUCUCCCUCCAAAACCCUCACAUGACCUCGCCAAUCGUGACCGUGAAGUUGUUCAAAUUACGCAAAAACUUAAAUGGCUGAAGAAAACUAAUGAAAGCUCUGUAACUUACUUGUACAUAUCAGGCAACCCUGGAAGUGGAAAAUCCCAGUUGGCUGGUCUUGUGGCCAGGCGAUAUUUCGAUGAAGCCCAAGAAGUUCCCGACAUUCCUUCAUUUGUUAUGACAGUAAAUGCUGAAAGCUCACCCGCGCUUCUAGAGUCGUAUGUUACUUUUGCUCGACAACUUAAGUGCCCGGAAUACGCGAUUACAAACACUCUCUACUGCAGGGAUUUUAACACGGACGAGAAGAUCGCUAACCUAAAAACGUUAAUAGCUCCAAAACUGGUGCUCUUUUCCUCUUGGCUUCUAAUAAUCGACAACGUGACGAGCAUGUCUUCUAUGCAUGCUCAUUUUCCCGCAAAUGAGUGUUGGGUGCGAGGACAGGUAUUAAUCACAACGCAGGACACUGCAUCCAUCCCUUUCACAAGCUCUUUUAUUGAACAUGUCUCUAUAAGCGAGGGCUUGGAGCCUCGUGAUGCUUGUUCAUUAUUAGCCAACCUCUCUGGAUUCUCCGACGAUAGAAUGGAGAAUGAAGUUGCCCAAGCUCUGAACUAUCAGCCACUUGCCCUCGCAAGCGCUGCAACCUAUCUAAGGCAGGUGCGACGUAACAAAGCAACUGCAGAGAUUGGCUGGAACGAUUAUGUCGAGAAACUGAGCAAAGGCCAACGGCGUACCACUGAGGCUAUUCUUGCUGAGACCAACCCAUGCUACCAAAAGUCCAUGACCACAGCAAUAUCGUUAGCCAUUGAAACGAUGGCGGCAUCUGACAGAAUUCUUAGUCAUGUUUUCACUUUCCUCUCCCUUUGCGCAAUGCAACCCGUGCAUCUAGACCUUGCGAUCGAUUACCUUCUGGCUGCAGAUAAAGAAACGGAGACACGUGAGGUGAUAAGUUUGAGAAUUCAAAGGUGCUCGUUACUGUUACUAGACGAGGAGGAGAGUGGUGUUUAUAUUCGCACACAUUAUGCUGUACAUGAGGUAAUUAAUGCCUUAAUGAACGAGCUUUCAGAGCAGAAGAGCCUUGAAGCCGUGAGUGGAGCAUUAAGGUCAUUUAACGAAUUUAUCAACGACAGUUCACGCAUAAAUUCUGAUGAACAUGAUUCUAUUUCUAGCAGAAAGCAACUUGUUCCCCAUUUGAAAUCCUUCAUUUUGAAAAUUAAAGACUUUUUCUGCACAGAGAAACUACCCAAAAUCCUCAAAGAGGAAUUGUUUAACAUUCAGGGUCUUCCAGGCAUGUUUGGAAAUCUUGGGCAAGUGGCCCAAAACCAUUUGGACUUUUAUACAGCGAAGAAGUACUUUCAUGUAGCAUUGGAAAUCACCAAAUGUGAUAAGCGUUUUAGAGGUGUUGAUGCAGCAAUCGCCAAUUUUCACAUGGGUACCAUUCACCAAGACUUUGGCGAGUUUCAUCUGGCAAAAAAGUGCUUUGAAUGUGAAUUAUCUAUUCGACUGAAAGAACAAGGACGCAAGCAUGUCGAUAUCGCAGCUACUUAUGGGAACUUGGGUAACAUCCACCUUGGCCUAGGAGAUCUGGAGAAAGCGAAAAGCUAUUAUGAACUUGCACUGGUUAUUAUUCACGAUAUGGGCGAGCAUGAGCAUGUUCAUGUGGCAACUACUUACAAUAAUCUAGGAGACGUUCAUAGUGAAUUGGGUCAUCCAAAGCAGGCAAGGAUAUAUUACAAUCAUGCCCUGAGAAUUCGUCUAAAACAAUUUGGUCCUGAUCAUAUUCUUGUCGCAGCUACUUAUGGCAGCCUAGGAAACGUAUCUCGACAAUUGGGAAAUCUAGAGCAAGCGAAAGACUAUUAUGAUCGUGCACUGGCCAUUCGAACGAGGAAGCUCGGACCUGAACAUAUUGAUGUGGCAACUACAUACAAUAACUUGGGUAUUGUUUAUCUCAUGUCCAAUUCACUAGAGCAAGCUAAAGAUUAUUUUGAUCUUGCACUGGCCAUUAAUCUGGAUAAACUUGGACCUGAGCAUGUCCACGUUGCAGCCACUUACAAUAACCUAGGUAACGUUCAUGUCGAACUUGGUGAUCCGGAAAAGGCGAAGGAAUAUUAUGAUCUAGCACUCAUCAUCGGUCAGAACCUGGUCGAUGACGAACAGUUGAAAGAUGAAGGUCCGAAACGGCCAUUGCGUGAUCGAGGGACCACUUGUAAAAUACUUUAAAUGCUUAAUUUUGACCCACGGGAUGGAUUUUGUGCUGCACUCAUGAGAACAUAAUGUACUUUAUUUUCAACAAAGAUGUUAUUCAUGUAAAAAACUCGUGAACUGGCCGUAUUGGGCUCGGAAGGAAAGCAGUGAAAAGUGAAGGAAAGCUAGUUUUCUAUGUAGGCCUUCUACAGCAACAUCAAUAUGCAUGCAUAGCCUUCGUAGGUUUUACAAUUUACUGUUAAAUUUGUGGUACCAUGUCAAAAUCGCGUCGUUUACAUUUAACGAUAAUGUGACAAUGUUUUGGACCUAAAAAAGAGAGCAUGCCCAUAUAAUAAAAUAUGGUAACAAUAUA